AGGCCGGGCUCCGCCGCCGCGUGCCGUGCGCACUCGGCGCCGAGCGCGGGGCCGCGCCCGCCAUGCCGCUGUGGCUCGGCGCGGGGCCUCGGCUGCCCGUGGCCCGCGCGGCGCAGCUGUCCUUCGUGGACGACAAGGUGAACGACGGCAUGGCUGCCCUGAAAGAGGCCAAGGAGCUGGCCGCGCUGCAGUCCAAGACCCUGAAGGAGCUCCAGCAGCAGACCACGAACAUCCGGGACGCGGCUCGCAAGGUGGGGAUCUUCGCGAACCAGGUGCGGACCAUCGAGGGCGACUUGGAGGAUGCGCGGGCCACGGUGAACAAGAUCUUGGGGGCGAACGCGGGCAUGUCGGAGCUCGUCAAGGCCAUCGCGGAGAUCAAGGCCAAGGCUGUACAUCAGCAGUACUCGCUGGGCCUCGCCAAGGCUGCGGUUGACAAGCUCGUCCCCCGCGCCGCGUCCGCGGGCGCCGCGUGCGCCACCGCGGCGGCGCUGGCCCCCGCGUCUGCCAGGGCCCCCGGGCGCCUGCCCGGCGCGCGGCGCGCGGGCGCACGGGCGCCGCCUUCCGCGAGCGCGGCGGGCGCGGGGCGCGCGUUCCUGUGA